AGUCUUGAGUGUGUUCAAAACCUUGGGACAGAAAACCUCCAUCAGUGUGUGUGCGUGUAUGUGUGUGUAUAUGUAGCCUAUGUGUGUGUGCAGAAUCAUGGCUUUGUAGUAGGAGUAAAGCGUCUCCUCGCCCGACCAGUUUUUCCAGUUUAAUUGUGAACACAAUUACACAGAAAGGCUCUUCAACGCUGACACGGAGCGAACAUGGAACAAUAAAACACUUUACAAACCUUUCAGAGGAUUCACUUCGGCUUAAUUGGAGAUCGUGGGUGUCUCAGGAUGAACUCUCGAUCGAGAGCCGAUUCCCAGGGCUCCCUGGACGAGCCGGACGAUGAGGUUAUGCCAUACAGUGAUGAUGAGACGGAUGCAGAGUUAGAAGAUGAACUGGAUCAAAGUGUAGACCAGCUGCCAGAACCAGAAACCAGACCUGCGCCUGCAGUUGAGGCCGGUUGGAGCGUCCGAGCGAAUGACAGGGAAUAUUGCAAACGGCCAGAGUUUCAGAAGAAGGUCUUUCUGUGCAUCAAGAAAAGCAGAUACUCUGGAAACGCAAUCAAGACCUACAAAUACAAUGUGUUAACCUUCCUGCCGCUGAAUCUGUAUGAGCAGUUCAAGAGAGCUGCUAACCUCUACUUUCUGUGUCUGCUGGUCCUGCAGAUUAUUCCUCAAAUCUCCACUCUACCGUGGUACACGACUCUGGUUCCGCUGGUGCUGGUUUUGGGCAUCACUGCUAUUAAAGACCUGGUGGACGAUCUGGCACGACACCGGAUGGAUAAAGAAAUCAACAAUAGAAAGUGUGACGUGCUGCUGAACGGCAGGUUUGUGGAGACCAGAUGGAUGAACCUGCAGGUUGGAGACGUGGUCAGACUACACAAAAAUGACUUCAUCCCGGCCGAUAUUAUGUUGUUGUCCACUUCAAACCCCAACAGUCUGUGUUAUGUUGAAACUGCGGAGCUCGACGGAGAGACGAAUCUGAAGUUUAAGAUGGGCCUGAAAGUGACGGAUGAGCGUCUUCAAGAGGAGCAGCAGUUGUCUCAAUUUAAUGCACUAGUGAUGUGUGAGGAGCCCAACAACCGUCUGGAUAAGUUUGUCGGGACGAUGAUCUGGGAGUCGCAGAGUUACGCGCUCGACCUCGACAACAUGCUGCUGCGAGGAUGCAAAGUCCGUAACACUGACAUAUGUCACGGCCUGGUCAUAUUCGCAGGAAACGACACUAAAAUCAUGAGGAACGGAGGAAAGACCAGGUUCAAACGCACCAGAAUAGACAAACUCAUGAACUACAUGGUUUACACGAUCUUUGUUUUGUUGGUGUUGUUGUGUGCUGGUCUGGCCAUCGGACACACAUACUGGUACGAGAGCAUCGGCUCCAAGGCCUGGUAUUUGAUUGACGGACUGGACUACACUUCAUCCUACAGAGGUUUCCUCAGUUUCUGGGGCUACAUCAUCAUCCUCAACACCAUGGUGCCCAUCUCGCUUUACGUCAGUGUGGAGGUGAUCCGGCUGGGUCAGAGUAAGUUCAUUAACUGGGAUCUGCAGAUGUACUACGCUGAUAAAGACACUCCGGCCAAAUCCAGAACCACCACCCUGAACGAGCAGCUGGGCCAGAUCGAGUACAUCUUCUCGGAUAAAACCGGCACGCUCACACAGAACAUCAUGGCCUUCAAGAAGUGCACCAUUUCUGGACGAACUUACGGUGAACCUACCACAGCAGACGGCGUGUCUUUAGAUCGUGGAAAACCUGUAGAUUUCAGUUGGAAUAAAUAUGCGGACAGGAAGUUCCAGUUUGAAGAUCAUUUCCUCAUUUCCUGUAUCCGCUCGAAGAAGGACCCACAGGUUCUGGAGUUCUUCAAACUGCUGUCUUUGUGUCACACCGUCAUGGUGGAGGAGAAAGAGGGUGAGCUGGUGUACCAGGCGGCGUCUCCAGAUGAGGGCGCUCUGGUCACAGCAGCACGAAACUUCGGCUUUGUCUUCCUGUCGCGAACUCAAGACACCAUCACCAUCCAGGAGAUGGACAAACCACAGACCUACACCAUGCUGGCGCUGCUGGACUUCAACAGUGACCGCAAACGCAUGUCCAUCAUCUUGAAGUUUCCGGAUGGCCGUAUUCGUCUCUACUGUAAAGGUGCAGACACUGUGAUCUACCAGAGACUUUCUCCACAAAGCAAGAAUAAAGAAAACACACAAGAAGCUCUGGACAUCUUUGCGAAUGAGACUCUGCGGACUCUGUGUCUCUGCUAUAAAGACAUCAGUCAGGAGGAGUUUGACAGGUGGUCUAGAAAACAUCAGACCGCAGCCGUUUCAAUGGUGGACCGAGAACGAGAGCUGGAUGAGGUUUAUGAGGAAAUCGAGAAAGACCUGCUGCUGAUUGGGGCGACGGCCAUUGAAGACAAACUUCAGGACGGCGUUCCUGAAACCAUCGCAAAACUGGCCAAAGCGGAUAUUAAGAUCUGGGUUCUGACCGGAGACAAGAAAGAAACAGCGGAGAACAUCGGCUACUCCUGUCAGCUGCUGACAGACGACAUGAAGAUCCACUAUGGAGAAGACGUCAAUGUUCAGCUGAGGAACAGACAGACUCAGAGACGCACUGACCCGCAGAGCCGAAACAAGAAGCAGAAGGAGUCGUUCUUCAAUGAGCCGGGCAAAAACGCUCUCAUCAUCACUGGAGGAUGGCUGAAUGAGAUCCUGUAUGAGAAGAAGAAGAAGCGUCGUCGUCUGCGUCUGAAGAAGCUGCGGCUGCGGCAGAAUAACCAGCAGUCCAGCAGCAGCACGGCUCCAGACAGCAGCCAGCCGGUGGACGACUGGGAGAAGGAGAAGCGGCAGGAGGAUUUCGUGGAUAUGGCCUGUGAAUGCAGCGCCGUCAUCUGCUGCCGCGUCACGCCCAAGCAGAAGGCCAACGUCGUCAGCCUUGUCAAGAAGUACAAGAAAGCUGUGACUCUGUCUAUCGGAGACGGAGCUAAUGACGUCAACAUGAUCAAGACCGCAGACAUCGGCGUGGGCAUCAGUGGUCAGGAAGGCAUGCAGGCGGUGAUGUCCAGCGAUUACGCCUUCGCUCAAUUCUGCUUCCUGCAGCGCCUCCUGCUGGUGCACGGCCGCUGGUCCUACAUCCGCAUGUGCAAGUUCCUGCGCUACUUCUUCUACAAGAACUUCGCCUUCACGCUCGUCCACUUCUGGUUCUCCUUCUUCAACGGCUUCUCCGCGCAGACAGCGUAUGAAGACUGGUUCAUCACUCUAUAUAACGUCUGCUACAGCAGUUUACCGGUUCUCCUCGUCGGCCUUCUGGAUCAGGAUGUAAAUGAUAAGCUGAGUCUGCGCUUCCCGAAGCUUUAUCUUCCGGGUCAGCAGGGGGCGCUCUUCAACUACAGGAACUUCUUCAUCAGCUUGUUCCACGGCAUCUUCACGUCACUCAUGAUCUUCUUCAUCCCGUACGGAGCUUUCCUGCAGACCAUGGGCCAAGACGGAGAGGCUCCAUCAGACUACCAGUCCUUCGCUGUGGUCGCAGCUUCAUCGCUCAUCAUCACCGUCAACCUGCAGAUAUCUUUGAACACCUCAUACUGGACUUUUGUCAACUUUUUUGCGGUUCUCGGCAGCAUCGCUCUGUACUUCGGCAUCAUGUUUGACAUCCACAGUGCAGGAAUCCACGUCAUUUUCCCAAACACCUUCACUUUCACAGGCGCUGCAUCUAAUGCUCUGCGACAGCCGUAUCUGUGGCUCACUAUCAUUUUGACUGUGGGAGUCUGUCUACUUCCUGUCAUCUGCAUCCAGUUCCUCUAUCAAACCAUCUACCCUUCAGUCGGAGACAAGGUCCAGAGGAACAGGAAGAAAUACGAGCUUGAGGAUGAAGAAGACGAGAGGAAGAAGAGGAAGCCCACUUUCCAGCGCGGCGGACGCUCUCGUCGCUCUGCGUACGCCUUCUCGCACUCGCGCGGUUACGCAGACCUGAUCGCGUCAGGACGCAGCAUCAGGCAGCGGCCGCGGGUCCGACCCGAGCUAAGAGACAGCAUUAGAGAAGUUCCUCACGCUGAAAACAUCUGAAACUGUCACUAACACACACGCCGAUCGUGCCUUUACACCCUCAGCACAGCCAAUCAGAGGAGGCCAUGUGUCAUUUAGAGGGGCGGGACUAACCAAUGAGCCAAUGGGGAAUGGGUAAUGGGCUUAAAGGGGAAGUACUAGUAAACACUGAAGAUCUGAGCUGGUUUUAACGGUGAGCACGGUGUACAACACAGCCUUCAUCUCAGGUUCUGAUUCUGUGUCUUUUAUUUCUGAGUCAUGUGUUUGUUUCCUUUUCUUUAUUCAGAAAAUUCCAAUUUAAUUCAAUAGGGAGAGAAAGUGUGUGUGUGUGUGUGUGUGUGUGUGUGUGUGUGUGUGUGUUUAAAUGUUUUUGUAAUUUUACCUUCUAUUGAAUUGUAAAGUGUGUAUGUUUGUGUGUGUUGUGUGUAUGUAAUUUCACCACCAAAUUAAAAUGUGUUGUGUAUGUGUAUGUUUGCGUGCGUGUUUGUGUGUGUGUGUGUGUGUGUGUGUGUGUGUGUGUGUGUGUGUGUCUGAAUGUGUUUAUAAUCUCACAAACUACUAAAGUGUGUAUGGGUGCCUGUAUGUGUGUGUGUUUGUGUUUGUAAUUCCAUCAACAAUUAAAAUGUAAAGUGUGUGUGUGUGCGUGGGUGAGUGUGUGAGUGUGUGUGUGUCUGAAUGUGUUUGUAAU